CAAAAAUUAUUAUUACAAAUAAAAAUAUAUUUUAUUUGCAAUUGCUUAAUGAAUUGGGGCGUGUGAAGAGCUACGUACCCCCGGGAGCCAUUCAACUUUGGCAGGGGGGAGGGACACGAGUAGCGUAAACGCGAUGGCAACUAAGAGCCUUUGCUACUAUAUUCUUACUUUACACCGCGUCUAUUGAAAUAUUUUCAAUAAAUGUUUUUUAAACAUUGUAUUGUUUGUUUAUUAGCUUCUCUUCACGCGUGGUACUAUGAUAUUGAGUCCUACUCUCCUAUAAUUUAGCUUGAAGCCUCGUUUACUCUCCCCCACCUUCCAGUCGUCAGACACUAUUGUUAUAAAUGGUAAAUAUUUCUGUUUUAUUCUCAUCAAAUCAGGUCGCACAUAAACGUAAUUCAGGCCGAACAGACCGGUUGCCUAUUCAGAGUUAUUCGGCUCUCGUCGGCUCUUCUUUGGCCUCAUUUUUGUCACGUUUUCCCCCUACUGUAGGUCUAAAUUGUGUGGAAGGAGACAAGGUCGCCAUGGCAGUCGUCUCUGCUUCACUAACUCGAGUAGAAAAACUCCACACACUACAAACAACAAUCUUUAUUUACGACAAUAUACAUUGUCGUAAAUGGAGACGCGCCCCAAGUUUACAGCCAACAUUACUAUUUACUUUUUAGACUAAACCGACGAACACAAACAACAAAGUGACACGUUUAAAUCACCCUCUUGACUUCACCUCGUAGUUUCUGGGCCCUUUGAACUUUAACAUUAAUCAACUGCUUUUCAGCUGUGGUUUAUCACAUAAAUGUACUGUUUGGUUUGGAAGUAUAUACACGUAAAGUGGAACUUGACGGUAAACGCAUGGAGGUCGAGCACUCUGUCCCCAAAAAGCAAAGGUCUCGAAAGCUGCAGAUCAGAAACAUUCCACCUCAUCUACAGUGGGAGGCACUCGAUAGUCAGUUGGCUCAGUGUGGAACCGUUGAAAGCUGUGAACAAGUGAACACGGAAAGUGAGACUGCAGUGGUUAACGUCACUUAUGCUUCCAAGGAACACGCCCGGCAAGCCAUCCAGAAACUGAAUGGAUAUUUGAUUGACAACACUGCCCUGCACGUCUCCUACAUCCCAGACGAAAGCUGUGACCUGGAGGGGGGUCAGCGGGGGCAUGAUAACGGCCGGCGCUCUGGUUAUGGGCCCCGCAGUCCCCGUGGUGGCCACCCCAGCUCUGGGAUGCCCCCAAAACACACAAACACUGACAUCCCCCUGAGAGUGCUGGUGCCAACACAGUAUGUGGGGGCUAUAAUCGGCAAGGAGGGGGCCACCAUUCGCAACAUCACAAAACAGACUCAGAGCAAGAUUGACGUGCACCGCAAAGAGAACGCCGGUGCUGCUGAGAAAUCCAUCAGCAUCCACUCCACACCCGAGGGCUGCUCCGCCGCCUGCCGUAUGAUCCUGGAGGUCAUGCAGCAGGAGGCCAAAGACACCAAGACAGCCGAUGAGGUUCUGCUGAAGAUCCUGGCUCACAACAACUUUGUGGGACGCCUGAUCGGGAAGGAGGGACGCAACCUGAAAAAAAUUGAGCAGGACACAAACACCAAGAUCACCAUCUCUUCUCUGUGUGACAUGACCGUCUACAACCAAGAGAGAACCAUCAUAGUGAAGGCUUCCCUGGAAGACUCCUGCCACGCUGAGAUAGAGAUCAUGAAGAAAGUCCGAGAGGCCUACGACAACGACCUCGCUGCCAUGGACUUUCCUUCACAGCAACAGACUCACCUAAUUCCUGGAAUAAACCUGCGGGCUCUGGGUCUCUUCCCCUCGUCCUGCAACAUGCCUCCACUUCCACCUGGAAAUUCAGUGCCUGGCUCCCCCUAUGGCCACUAUGGGGCUCCAGAGCAGGAGACAGUCUACAUCUACAUCCCAGCACAGGCGGUGGGGGCCAUCAUCGGAAAAAAGGGGCAACACAUCAAAGAGCUGAGUCGCUUCGCCGGAGCCUCCAUCAAGAUCGCUCCAGCAGAAGCUCCAGACUCUAAACAGAGGAUGGUGAUUGUGACUGGCCACCCUGAGGCUCAGUUUAAGGCUCAGGGCAGAAUCUACGUAAAGCUGAAGGAAGAGAACUUCUUUGGACCCAAGGAGGAGGUGAAACUGGAGACUCACAUCAAGAUUCCUGCCUCUGCCGUAGGACGGGUCAUCGGAAAAGGAGGAAAGACUGUGACCGAUCUGCAGAACAUGACAGCAGCUGAUGUUGUCGUCCCCAGAGAACAGACACCUGAUGAAAACGACCAAGUCAUCGUCAAGAUCAUCGGACAUUUCUACGCCAGCCAGUCGGCUCAGAGGAGGCUCAGAGAGAUCUUCAACCUGGUGAAGACCCAACAAAAAGGUGGGAUGGUCGUGGGCCACGGCCCCAGUCCCCAGGGCAUGUCAGAGAUGGGCAGUCCUAAGCAGGACAUGACUCAGGAUCACCAGCCUCGCAGGAAGUGAGGGGCACGACCCCCCACAUCCUCCUCAAUGCCACAAGGCACCCCCUUGCCUGACUGACUGACAAAAAUAUGGACGGACGGAUACAGGAGAGCGACACAUGGACCCAGCAAUAGAUAGGGAGAAAUCUAAGGAGGGAGGGAGAGUGUGAAAGAGAGGGAGAAAAACGCUUAGAUGGGAGAGAUGAAAAAACAAAUCAAGAGAUGAAAUGAAUAAUAAUGGAUUAAGAUUAAAAGACACUUGAGAACAGAGACCAGAUGCCAGGCCACGAGAGACGCUGAUUGAGGAUGGAUGGAUGAAGGAAAGGAGGGAUGAAGAGAGGGACAAAGGUGGGGUCCUCCUAGUGUGUCCCGGUGGAGCUGCAGCGAGCUCCUCCCCCUGUCGAUCUUUUUUUUUAAAAAACAGAUCCCGUGUCAUCAUGUAAGAAGAUGAUUUUUCUAUUGAAGCCGAGCUGCUGCCGUUUCCGCCUGACUGCGUUGUUUGACAUCAGGUGCAGAGCUGAGGGUUUAUCUUUGGACACACUUAGCAGAGGCCCGUUUGACCCUCUGUCUCCCUCUACAGACCUGUCCAACCAUCUGCAGUCAAUCGUAUAUUAUAAGGGUGUUUUUUUAAAAAGAAAAAAAACAGAGUUAUAUGUAUAGAAAUGUUUUAUUCAGAGCUAUUAUUGAGAAUAUGCAGUGAGGCGGAGCCGGGAGAGGGAGCGGGGAAACUGCUGCGCCGGCACGGGGGGCGGGGGCUGUCUGUGGUACUUGUGGUGCUAGCACUACCAACCCCUACAACCCCCCUCCCCAAAGCCACAGAAAGUCUGGAAGAGGGGCCGCAGAUGUUAACACUGCUCUUAAAGACCUUUCACAAAAGAAGAAUAAAAGAGAAAAAAAAAAGUAAGAAAAUGUAAGGUUGUAAAUAUAUAAUCUUCAUCUAAAUGUUGAAAAAUGCUGCGUUUGGCCGUCUUGCCUUUUAUUUAGGGGGGGUCUUCUGUGAAAUUCCUUGUCUUUCGGGACUGAGGAAAUGCUAGAACCCCCCCGAUCCACAGUUGUGUGGCGGAAGACGCAGCAAGAGACAGUAAGGGGCGCAGUGGUCGCAGCUGGUACUGCAGUUCUAUUGCAGUGGCUCAGCUUGCACGCGUUAAAGCGUCACAGAACCGUUUUAUGGAAAAUAGCCAGCAGCUAUGCUUGCUGGUUAGCAGCCUGCCCCCUUUAAUGGCAUAUUUUAUAUAUAUUAUAUAUAUAUGAUAUGUGAGUUAGCCCGGCCCCUCUGGUGAUUGUAGGGAAGGCAGGGAGUCGGGGGUGAGGUUUCACCUCAACUGUGUGAUCAAAGUCCUGCAGCGACAGACUUCUGCUCGCUGCUGCCUCGCCUUCUACAGCUCGGUACCCAACGAAGGUCAAACAACCUGGGGUCCUCGCAGCCGUCCCGCGAUUGAAGUUAGCUUUGUUAGCUGUGCCGUCACGCAGCAGAAAACCAAAAAGAGGCGAAGUCUUCCAAACUCCCUGCCUUGGUCUCAGAGAAGGUAAAAUCUGAUAGAAGGGGAGCGGCUUCCUCGUUCCCUCUCCCGCUCUGCCGAAGGCCUGUGGGCGGAGCCUCCAGACCCUGCCUGCAUAUGAUAAUGAGGGGUGGGGUUUUUAUCUGGACGCUCUUGCCAAGAUUAGAACAGAUUAGCGAAGAAACGAAAAAGAAAAAAAACCUACCUCAGGGUAAAUUUACCUCAGUAUUCCUAACUUUUUUUUUGCUUGCUGGUGUUUUAUAUAAGAAGAAAAAAGAAAAGAAGAGCUGAUAGUCCUGAAUAUUUUUAUUUUUUUAAGGAAAAAAUAUUUUUUUUUAGGUAUUGUCUUGUUGCUUUGGUUAUUUUUUUCUGUUUUUUUUUUUUUUGGUUAUGGAUGUGAUGAUGAUUGGAUGGUCUCAGGAUGACAAGGAGGCAGAGUUUUCCUUUUGAAAACUCCAGGGUCGAGCAGCGACGGGGACUGGGUUCAGUGCCAUUUGACCUUUACGGUUAGAAAACGUGGCUCUCUGUCGUCCUGAGCUGUGAUCGGAGUCGCCUUUGUUUGAGACUGAACCAUAGCCAACAGGGAGUGGCACUAACUUCAGCUGAGGUGAAAAGAGUAGGUGGGGUCUAAAUGUGCACCCCUGGUGGUGGGGGGUGGAAGUGGGGGUGGUCAUUUUUUUUCUUUUCAUUAUUGUAAUGACACGUCCACACAACCCCACCCUGAGGUCACAUUAGGGACUGCACCACUCUCUUCUCCAGAUGCUGCGAUGGCCCCCUUCUUUCCCUCUUCUCCUGCCUUACUGUGAUGACAUCAUCAUGAACCGCCAAACACUUUUACAAGGCUUUAAAGGGGCAGUCACACCAGCUGUACGUGCCCUUGGUGACCACUGACGUCCUGCUCUGUAGCUGCAUCGCAAUUCACCGGCCAACGCUGUCCAAGGUGCUGGACAUCUUUCGGCCGAUGUUGUGUGUUUGCAGUUGGAGCUGAGUCCCAGUUCAACCAACAGUGGUGUUAAUUAGACUCGUCUCCACCAAAUAGUGCCAGGAACUCACAGUAUCAGGAACCAUUUUGAAGGAAGUAAAGUGGCUGUCUGUGUUUCUUCCCUGGAGAAAAUCCUGUGAAGAUUAUGCAAAUCAGAAACCAUCGUUGGGUUCUCUGGAGAUCCCAAAAAAAAACAAACAAAAGUGCCUGAAUUUCUGUACUUAUGUGUGGGUAAAAAAAAUCUCUGUUUGGAGCUGAGUUUAUUUUCCAUAGACCAAGAUCAAAUAAGUCACUUCUCUUUCUCCGCCGUCGUUAAAAAUGGCCAGGAGAAGAGUUCACUUCUGGGGUCCAGCAGUGGAAACCCCCGCCCCCGUAGACCCCGGUACUUUCACUAGUUCACGGUACUAAUUCUUAAGGCGGAAGCAAUCUGAUGCCGAGGAGGUGCAUGUGUGAACGCUCCCAUAAUUAGACACACACACACACACACACACACACAUACACACACACAUAUAUACAUAUAUAUAUAAACUAGCUCUGACUUCUUUGAAUGUGAAUAACUCUUACCUGUGCACUGACCGUGACACCUCAGAGGCUCCCUGUUGGCUACAAGUGUGUGUGAAUGUGUGUGUGUGAUUGUGUUUUUGUUUUUUAAUGUUUAAUUUCUUUUUGUCAGAGGAUGUUGUUGUUGGUUGAAACUUAUAAAAUGUAAAGAAGAAAAAAAAAAAGCAGAAAAAAGUGGGACAAGAACCUAUGGUCCAUCCAUCUGGGUUUUCCAACAGAGCAUGGAUGGAGAAUUCCAAAAAAAAACAACCUUUUUCUUGAAAAUGGGAGCAAAACCAGAAAGGCAAGAGAGUUUGGAUACAACAGUGACUCAGCUCGAUGAUAGAUUUAAACCUGUACAUACUAAGGUGAACACCGUAGUUUUUGUAUUUUUGGAGAAAAACAGCUUAAAAAAUCUGAAUGGGAAAAGCCGUUGAGAGAGAGAGAGAAAAGGUCAAACCACGGACAAGUCACUGAUGGACAAAAGUCCAAGUCUUUCUCUUGUCCGUUCUUCACGCCUUCAUCGGUUCCAUCGGUUCCACCAUCACACAGGUCAGAGUCUGUUCUACUGUGUCUCUGCUGGGGCGGUCACUGUCCACUGGGAGUUAGCGCAGGCUAAAGAACGGUUAGCUUGUGUCUAAAUUGAGUCCGACUGUUUACGUGUCAGGACUUGUUGAACACGCCUCACAUAUUGGGAACCACUGAGUCACAAAGUCUUUCUACGCUCUGACAUGGUGUCAGUGAGGAGGCCGGCCGGUGUUCACGUCUUUGAGAUGAUUAUCAAUCUGUUUCCAGUGGAUUUUCGACCGCCUCAGUCUCUGCUUCCAUUUUUUUGUGCCGAGGUGAAAAGGUCGGGUUUUCCACCUUUUUCCAAACCAUAGAGAUCUGUUCACAACAGCAAGACAGUUAGGGAUGAAUAUUUCAGCCUGCAGCCGUUUGGUUAAGAUUCAUUUUUUUAUGACAAUACUGCAAGCUUUAUUUGGACAUGACACCUGGGGGCGCUCUGUUGCACUGAUUUGAAGAAAUGUGUCAACAAACGUCAACAACUACACGGAAAUAACUGAACACCCUCACCCGCUCUGACGCCCCCUCCCUGUGCAGUUUUUUUUUUCUAAAUGAGAGGGAGGGCGACGGACGACGGUGGGAGGGUGAAGUAGGAUGGGUGAAGGCGAAUGAGGAGGAACGGGAGGAGAGGGCGGAGUCUAACAAUGUAACUUUAAUUUUCCGAACCUCCCGUUCCGGCUACACCUCGGCCCCACCGUCUGUACGAUCAACGUCUUCUCUGCUUUACUGAGGAGGAGAGCCAGAGGUGUUUGUUUUUACUUUGAUUUUUUUUUUUUUUUGUAACAAAUGUCAUUUCAUUUUGAGAGUGGGUGGGAACGUCAGGGUCCCUCGCCCUCUCUUGCGCUGGUCACGUGUUCGUUUUACUCACAUCUGUUCAGAAACCUGUUGAUUUCUUACCUUUUUCCCUCCUUUUGCUCCUCACUAUCUUUCUGACUCUGGGUCGUCCCACCUCGGCGCUCCUUAAGGGUCUUUUGUUUUUUUUUUUCUAAUGAAAUGAUUAUAGUUGACACUUUUUUCAAUGCACAAAUCUAUUAACAUUUUGUCAUUACAGACGGCAGACUGCAGAGGGCGUAGUUCAGUACAAUGACAGUAACUGUGCCAAACAGACAGCACAGACAGCACAGACAGUACAGACAGGUGUACUUCCUGUGAUACCACCCUUCACCGUAGUGUUGUGUUCUUCACAUCUGAACUCGGCUCUUUCUAUAUUUUUGUGUCUGUACCUACACAGACUGUAGGUCGGUGGUUCUGGGCCCUGAAAGAAAACGCUGUCUGUCAGUUUUUGAGUUUUGAGACACAGUUAUUAACAUUUCACUAACGCUCAAAACACCAUGAAAAAUGAUUAUAUCCUCGUGAUCUCUGUCUAAAACAUAUCAUGUUUUUUUUUCCCCUAAACUCUCAGAUUAACCUGGGUUUGUGUCGAAGUUUCCACGAGUUCCAUUUAUUUCACCACAGUUUGUUGAAGGGGGGCGGGGCUAGUGGUCACAUGAUGUUUUUUUAUUUAUUUUUGAACCAGUCGUCUGCUGUUUUUUGACCAGAUAUUCUGUUGUUUUGACGACUCGACCUUUGACACCGACAUCAAUGAGGUCUUUGAAAAUUUGAUCACUGACGUUACAGAUCAUGUGAAUGGGAGAUCCUUUUUUUUUUUUGAUUAUUCGCUUAAUAUAAAUUUAAACAAAAAUGUUUUUUUUUCUUCUGUUAACCCUGAACCUGAGUCUGUGGUUGAAAUAAGUGGAACUUCGGUGUAGAAGCUCAUGAGUCUUUAGCAAUACAGCGUUUAUACCACACCGUGUUAAAUGUUUAUACACCAUGAAUCGUUAAAAAAAAACAGACAAAAAAAACAAAAACUCACAGAUAUUGUCGUUUUCUAUUUAAACUUUUACAGGCCGUUUCUUCAGCCUGGAGUUCUCACAGACAGACAGACAGUUUGCAGCUACAGUGUGAACUCCUGCUCUGGUCUGAGAAGUCUCCACUGAUGUAAAAUCCUGCGGAGAUCCAGCAGAGGGAGACAUCGUACCGAUAAGACAACGAAAACAAAUCUAUUGUCACAUAACUAGGAACGCUACCUCAGAACACAAGCAAACUCAGCUAGAGGAUUGUUUUUAAUUUUUUUUUUUUUACCUAACAGCCAGACCGCAGUACAGACGUCGAACAGACGCUCGCUCUCUGUUACAGUCAGAGUUCUUUUCAGUUUUCACUCUUUAAUUUAUUUUCCAUAUAUGAAAUUGUUGCACCUCCGCAGCUUAGAGACGGGACUGUAAAAUAAAACGACUUGAUUCAAAAGAAAUUAUGACAAAAAAAAAAAGGAUGGAAAAAUAUCCCGCAGUGGUGCAGGGUGACGAGGGGCAACUGGGACGAGGACUUUCUUUUCACGUGGGUAGGGAUUGAAGACGCCUGAUUGGGUCAGGUGUGGUCCAAUCAGGACGAGCUGUUGUUAUUUCCUGUCACAAAAACUGUGCCGUUAAACGUAAACUUCACCUUAUAUUACAUUUGUUAAAACAAAUAGGCCACAGUUUAAUUUUUCUUUUUUUUUGAUUCGCUAAGAUUAACCACGACCCUCUCCAGCUCUGUCCGCUCCCUGUGAUUUCACCUUCUUAGUCGAGGGGCACGACACCUGUAACCAUGUAAUUGUUUUGUUGAUCUACCUCUUAGAAAAAAAAAAUAGGUAAAUGGUAAAAACAUUUUUUUGAAAAAGGACAAAAAUUAUAUUAAAAAAAUACAUUUGCUUGAAAGAAGUAUAGAUAAAUGAAUAACUGGGUAGCGGCAUCUCCAUAUACUGUAGUGGAUAGUCUAUUAAAGAGAAAUUCUUUUACUUCUUCCAAAGAUGAUUUUGUUUUCUUUUCAUUUCUUUUCUCCUUUUUAAUCUGAACGCAUUUUGAAAUAAUUGAAUAUUAAAGUCACACUUGGUGACGACAAAGGUCGUCAUCUGUUAUAUAAUUUUUUUUUCUUUGAAAAACAUUAAAUCGACUUUUUUUUUUACAAUUUAUUUACAUUUUCUUUGAUUUCAUUAAACUUACACUUUUUUUGUUUAAGAGAAAAUCUUACAAAUACUCUUCAUGUUUUUGUUUCUAAUUUCUCUCUCUCUUCGUUUUGUCCUUUAAUGACAGCAGAUUGUAUCCAUCAUGUUUGGGUGCAUUUAGCAUUUUCUUUCUGUGAAAAGCCUACAGUUAGGACCUGCUACACUGAUGAUGAUCUAUUUUCACUUCUGAUGAAUUGUUUAAAAUAGCAUAAGGACCUGUUGUUUAACCAGAGGGGGGCGCUGUCACGGGAGGAGGGAGGCCGGAGUGUCGUCCGCCCCCCACCCCAGGCUGCACAGAUUCGAACCCUUCACUCUCUGAUUCGAUCAAACCCUGCAACCCUGGCGGGUGGAGACGCUCUCUGUCCCAGAUGCAAUGUGAGAGGGACGAGGUCUCCUUCCUCCCAGCAGGUGGCGCCUUCACUCUUCACUGUAUAAUGACUUUCACCCCCCCUGUUCCCCUCGUCUGAUUCCUUUAGUCAUCAUCAACACUUGUUUUAAACUCCUUGUAAACAAAACAGAGCAUAGAUAUGAAUGUGUUAUUAAAAGAUGAGAAAAUGGACACUGUCUCCUGGAUUACCUGCAGUCGACGUCAUCAUCACCUGACCGCCGCCAUUUUAAACACAAGGAUCGUCCUCUGAAUAGAGACAAAGAAUUAAAGCUCUUAAAAUGGUUUAUUAAGAUAUAUUUAAAUUCGUUUUGGUGCAAAUUUGUUACUAGUUACUUUUAAUAUUUAUAGAAACAACUCUUUACUGACUUUACAAUCAGUAAAUGUUGUUAUUUGGUGUGUAAUAACUUAGAAAACUGUCUUUAUUUUGAUUAAUUGUUGAUUUUUUUUUAAAAAAAAUGUCGAUUUUAAAAUGACAAAUCAGAAGAUGAUUGUAAAAAAUAACCUGGAGAUGAAUCAUCAAUCCUGUGUAACUUUGUAACUGACCAGUAGAUGGCAGAAUUGACCUAUAUAUAUAUAUUUUAAGCCUUGCUUUAAAAAAAAUCCUCCUAAAUAAUGAAAUACUACAAAUUACUAAGAAAGUGAACACAGAGAUGAUGGUUCAGAAAUAGCAAAGCUAUUAUUUAAUGUUGUGUUUGUUUUUUUCAUUAGUUUAUUCUAGAAGCAUCAACACUCCUGUCAAGUCAUGCUUCACUCGCCGCAGAAAAAAAAAGACUUUAAUUUUAACAACAUGUUAUUGCACAUUUAACCCCAGUGUAAAAACUUUAACCCGUAUGAUUUAUGAAAAGUUAAGCUGCUAAACCUGCAGUACAAACUAAAACCUAAUGAUUGCCUCGUGGUCACAGAGUUUUUAUGAUCAUUUUCACUGUACACUUUUAUAACCCUGAGUUUCACUGCUGCAGUGACACUUUCCCCAGUGUUUCUUUUGUUGCGUAGAGAGACUUCCGGCCACUGUUUCCUCCUCCACUGCUGCCCAGGCUGCGAACAGCGACCUCAGGUGUCGGAGCUCGGCGAUGCUACGUUCACUGACCAGGUCUGUCCAAAACACUACUGACAAAUGUAGACACAUUUUCAUAUAUGAUCUGUUUCUUCAGCAUUGAAGACAUUAGUGCACUUGACUGCCCCCUAGGGGCCUAGAUUUGAAACAGCAACCCUUCAACCACACACUCAACCCUAUGAUCACUUUAAGUCAUUUAAACAGUAAAGAAAAAUCCCACGUCAUAUUCAAAGAAAUUUGAAAAGACAAUAAUAAUGAUAAUAAUAAUAAUAAAACA